UUAAUUGAUAUAAAAACAGAAUCAAUCAAUUAGCGAUGUUGUAAUUAGCAUCGAACAACGCAGCUACUGAUUCCAAACCGAGCAGACGUAAUUCGGUUGUCGUAUGCAGAACACCUUGGAACACAUCAUGAAACCUAUCGUUAUACUCAUUUUCGCGCUAAGUGUCACAGCGGCUCAACGAGAGGACUCCCUGCGAGUUCUUGACAGCCUACGGCAACUUCAGCCAGCCUAUCGGGACUUACAGAACUUCGUCGUUUCUGCCGUGGCAAAUGCUAAACUCAACAGUACAGCUGCAAUUUACGAUUUCCACAAUGAAAUUUUCGAAGCUAAGGAUAAUUUUCUGCGUUCAGCCAUCAAUUUGGAAUCCAAUACUCUUCGUCACAUCAACGGGCAAACUUCAGACAUCGAUGGUAGCUGUUUGGAAUUCCUGCGUAGUAGCGUCGAUGUGAACAUUAAUAUAGCCGGUGUUGCCUUCACCAAAUGCAUUGACGCGGUAGAUGCGCGGUUGAAUGCAGAAUUGGACCAAGUCUACGAGGACUUGCUAUUCAAUGAGUCAACGUUUGUAAACACCAGUAUUUACAGUGUAUUUCGAGGACAAAAUAUUUUCGUAAAUCCACAAAACAUUAUCGAAUUAUUGCAAUCUAAUCUACUGCAGCUGCAACAAACUCCCGACAACCUGGUGGCUGAAUUGGCUCUGGUGGUCGAUGGAUUUCGAGCUCGCCUGGAUGUGAUACGUGGUAACUACCGUCAGUGUCUAACAGUUAGCGAUCAAAUUCUGCAGACCACAACCAACACAGUCCUGAUCCAGCUGCAGCAGAUUUGCUUGGGUGCACUAAUACCAAAUGACACCCCCGAGGAAACCGAAACGCCACUAGCGCCACCAUCUGUCCAACCGACCGAAAAUUAUUGGAAUUUUGUUGAAAGUCAUUAAUUUGUAGGAAUUGUUUCAUCCUAAAUCGAAUAUAAAUGUUUCAUUCAUUA